GCGGCGGGGCUGCGGCUGCCCGCCCCCUCCCUCCUUCCCUGCCUCCGUCAGGCGGGCGGGAGCUGCGGCGGGAGCAGCGGGAGCGCCGGGGCGCAGCCUCCCGGGCCGCAGCGGGGAUGCGCCGCGGAUCCCGGCCAGGAGGUGGAGUUUAGCUGAGACUGACUUCCUCUUUGGCUGUCCAUAAACUGUGAAACAGAAGGAUGCAGAAGACUAUCCCCUGCAUUUUUGUCCAUGAGUGAUAAGAGCACAAGAUCAUUAAUACAAGUUUUCUGCAAAGAUGAGUUCAGAGGAGAAGAGUAUAUCUCCAGCUCACAAAACAUCCACUCCAUCACAUAGAAGUGCCUCCUCCUCAUCAUCAUCUCAGAGAGACAGGAGGCAGAGUGUUCAUAUUUUGGAGCGAAAGGCUUCUUCAGGAAGCACAGACCCUUCUUUAAGUAAGCAAUUCCUUGACAGUGAUCACCUCUCUCUAUCCAAGGAACCUGACAGCUGGGAAAUCAUAGAGGGUCUGAAAAUAGGCCAGACCAAUGUCCAGAAGCCAGACAAACAUGAAGGUUUCAUGCUGAAGAAGAGAAAAUGGCCACUAAAAGGUUGGCACAAGAGGUUUUUUGUCCUGGAUAAUGGAAUGUUGAAAUAUUCAAAGUCACCAAUUGAUAUACAGAAAGGAAAGGUCCAUGGGAGCAUUGAUGUUGGUUUAUCAGUCAUGUCUAUAAAAAAAAAGGCUCGUAGAAUAGAUCUUGACACAGAAGAACAUAUCUAUCACCUAAAGGUGAAAUCCCAGGAUUCAUUUGAUGCAUGGGUUUCAAAGUUACGGCACCACCGGCUGUACCGUCAGAAUGAGAUUGUGAGAUCUCCCAGGGAUGCCAGCUUCCACAUAUUCCCCUCAGCAUCUACUACAGAGUCUUCACCAGCUGCCAAUGUGUCAGAUGGAAAGGUGCAACAAAAUAACUUCCCCUGGCAGCCUCCCAUACCUUGCAGUAACAGCCUUCCCGUCACCUGUACUACUGGUCAGAGUAAAGUAGCAGCCUGGUUGCAGGACUCUGAAGAGAUGGACAGAUGUGCAGAAGAUCUUGCUCAUUGUCAGUCUAACCUUGUGGAACUCAGUAAACUUCUUCAAAAUUUAGAAAUACUACAGAGGACUCAGUCAGCACCAAAUUUCACAGAUAUGCAGGCUAACUGUGUAGAUAUUUCAAAGAAAGACAAGCGGGUCACGAGACGAUGGAGAACAAAAAGUGUCAGCAAAGAUGCAAAAAUUCAACUUCAGGAAGGGCCGGCACCGAAGGGCCAGUUCAGCACAACACGACGCCGGCAGAGACUGGCAGCUGCAGUGGCUACAACAGUCCCUUUCAGUGCUACAAUGUCACCCGUUCGAUUGCAUUCAUCCAACCCCAACCUUUGUGCAGACAUUGAGUUUCAGGCUCCCCCCAGCCAUGUGACAGACCCUCUGGAGUGCUCUACUGAGUACAUGAAGCUUCAAGAAGAAUUCUGCUUGAUGGCACAAAAAGUGCAUUCUCUUUUGAAGUCUGCCUUUAACAGCAUAGCUAUAGAGAAGGAGAAGCUUAAACAGAUUGUUUCAGAGCAGGAUCUUACAGGCCACAAUGCUCAAAUAGCUCACCUCAGACAGUCCCUCUCUCAGGCUCUCAACCAGAAUGCUGAACUAAGGAGUCGCUUGAACAGAAUACAUUCAGAAUCUGUUAUUUGUGAUCAGGUUGUCAGUGUAAAUAUUAUCCCUAGUCCUGAUGAGACGGGUGAACAAAUUCAUGUCAGUUUGCCACUGUCUCAGCAAGUUUCUAAUGAAAGCAGGCUCUCUAUGUCUGAAUCUGUUUCUGAGUUCUUUGACGCACAGGAAGUGCUUCUGUCUGCCAGCUCGUCAGAAAAUGAGGCUUCUGAUGAUGAAUCUUAUAUCAGUGAUGUGAGUGACAAUAUAUCUGAGGACAACACCAGUGUUGCAGACAACAUUUCUCGGCAAAUUCUUAAUGGUGAGCUGACAGGAGGCGCAUUCAGAAAUGGACGGAGGACUUGUCUCCCAGCUCCCAGCCCUGACACCAGUAACAUCAAUCUGUGGAAUAUUUUGAGAAAUAACAUUGGCAAAGAUCUUUCCAAAGUAUCCAUGCCAGUUGAGUUAAAUGAACCUCUGAAUACCUUGCAACAUCUUUGUGAAGAGUUGGAAUACAGUGAGCUCUUAGACAAGGCUGCUGAAACAGAUGAUCCUUAUGAACGCAUGGUUCUCAUAGCUGCCUUUGCAGCAUCAGGCUAUGCCUCUACGUACUUUAGAGCAGGAAGCAAGCCAUUUAAUCCAGUGCUUGGUGAAACUUAUGAAUGUAUUAGAGAAGACAAAGGAUUUCGAUUUUUCUCAGAGCAGGUUAGCCACCAUCCUCCCAUUUCGGCCUGUCACUGUGAAUCGAAAAACUUUGUGUUUUGGCAAGAUAUCAGGUGGAAAAACAAAUUCUGGGGGAAAUCAAUGGAAAUUCUGCCUGUUGGAACCUUGAAUGUGACUCUUCCAAAGUAUGGAGACUACUAUGUCUGGAACAAAGUCACUACUUGCAUACAUAAUAUUCUUAGUGGAAGGAGAUGGAUAGAGCACUACGGAGAGAUAACUAUCAGAAAUACAAAAAGCAGUGUUUGUAUUUGUAAACUCACUUUUGUCAAGGUGAACUACUGGAAUUCAAAUGUAAAUGAGGUCCAGGGUGUUGUGAUAGAUCAAGAAGGGAAGGUGGUUCACCGUCUUUUUGGAAAGUGGCAUGAAGGCCUCUAUUGUGGGGUUGCACCUUCAGCCAAAUGCAUAUGGAGGCCAGGCUCCAUGCCAACCAAUUAUGAGCGUUAUUACGGCUUCACAAGGUUUGCUAUUGAGCUCAAUGAAUUAGAUCCUUUACUGAAAGAUCUUCUUCCUGCAACAGAUGCACGAUUCAGGCCAGAUCAAAGGCUUCUGGAGGAAGGAAAUAUAGAAGCAGCAGCAUCUGAGAAACAAAGAAUAGAGGAACUCCAGAGAGCUCGGAGGCGGUACAUGGAAGAAAACGGCAUUGAAUAUGUACCCAAGUUUUUUAAAAAAGUUAUUGAUGCUAAUCAAAGAGAAGCCUGGGUUACCAAUGAAACCUACUGGGAACUGCGAAAAGAUCCUGGCUUUAGUAAAGUAGACAUUCCUGUACUCUGGUAAACUGAGAAUGUAGACCUAGUAAACAUAUCACUAUGAAGAAAAAAAAAUAACUAUGCACAAUAUGUUUCUUAUAGCUAAGCGUGGUUUGUGGGUCUACGGAAAAACCAUAUCAUAUGCAUUUAUAUUCAUCUUUGUAAUGGACUUUUGGAAGUGCAUUAGACCAGGCCCCUGACCACUUCUGGAUCUUUCUAAUUUUGCAGCAGCCAUCAAAACUAAAAAAAAAAAAAGAAAAAAAAAAAGAAAAAAAGGAAACAAACCUUUUAAAGUUUCAUACACUGAAAAUUCAGAAAUAAAGAAGCAGAUGAGAUAUCCAAAGUCACUCGGAAGAGGUGGUAAGCGCAAAACUGCAACCGGUGCUUUAAACAGACAUUAAGAGUACUACAAUUUGAAUUAAAAAAAAAAAAAAAAGGAAAGAAAAAGAGAAAAAUUUCCAUUUUGUUUCAACUAUUUUUGUUAAAAACUCUUGGGUCACAACACUGUCAUUUCUGGCUUCAGGUUAGUCCUUUGGUGUGAUGUGCUUGGACUGGCCUUUGUCAAAAAGAUAUGCUUUUCUGGAAGCUGUUCCCAUUCAUAUGCCAUUGUUCAUGCCUUAACAAAAUAUGAAGAUGUACAUUAAGUAAUUUUAAAAUAUCUGUGCUUAGGCUUGUGUGAAGGGCAGAUUUUUAAAGCUCUAGAAUUUUAUCACAAUAUAAAUACUGGAAGACCUGCAUUAUUUGAAAUCAACAGAUAACCAAACAUCUAACUGUAUUUCAGAGGUAUGAGACCUACUGUACAUGCUUUAGCUUUGGGAUGCUGACUGUAUAAUCAGACUGCAAAGAAACUGCUAGCUGGUUGAAUUUCAAUUUUGGUAAAUGCAUAUGAGUUGCUAGUCAGAAAGUUCAUAUUCUAAAUGACUGAUGCUGAGAUGCAGUCUUCACAUUUAGUACUGGCUGGACAUAGACCUCUCAGUGAAUCUCAUUUCCCCCUAACUGUUUAUACAAUUUAAAAUCCCUGAAGCUUUUCAACUGUGUUAAAAGCACAGAAAGAUUUCAUGUGAAGGUCUCUGGCUUCUCUCCAGAAGCUGGAUAGUACUGUAAAUGCAAGUGUUUUCUGCCACACGCACUGUUUAUUUUCCUGGCUCUGUUUUUCCCCAUCCACCUUUCUUAUCUAAAAUUAUGUUUGAGAGUAUGGCAGAGGCUCCUGUGUGUUAUAGCUAACAACUUCUACUUGUGUUGCCAAAACAGCUUUUGUGCAAAAUAUACUUUACAUUUUUUCAUAAAGUGGUUCUAUAUUUUUGAUUAAAAACAGUCUUUUAUGUGUUGCUAAGCCUCAGUUAAUAUAAGUGGGAGAAGACUUGGCACUUUCUAUUUGAAAAUCUCUGAAACAUUAAACAGUAGGAGGGCAGUUCUUAAUAAAAGAAAGAAAACAGUAAUUUAUUAGAUAAGAGCUACAUUCCAUAUGGUAUGAUCUAGUCUUCCAUUUGUGCAUGUGUUUCACAUCCCACCACUGGUGAUAGGUUAGAUUUCAUGCACAGACUCUGUCUUCCUUUCUGCCCAUACAUGACAUACAAUUUUUCUAUUUAAGAUUGAUUCAGUCCUGAGACCAAAAAUAAAAUUACUAGAUGGGUAUGUGAUCUGCCAGCAGAGCUGCUUGAACAGUUGUCAGUGCAUUACCACACAUCCCCAGCUCUCAGCCUGCUUCUUCCUUGUUCCAAGUCAGGUCCCUAUACAACUGAGAUUACUUUGGUUAUUUAAUAUUAAUUUAGACCUCCCUGUCGAUCGUAUAGCAAAGUAACUAGCAGGGCAACUAGCUGCUAAUCAGUUCCAAUUUCUUCACACACUUCUGUUAUAAGAAAGAACAAUGAAAACCUACAGAAAAUAUUAAGCAGACUUUUUAUUAAUUGAGAAUGUGCAUGAAUUUUUAAUGAAAAUUUGGUAUAAAAAUCCCUGUGUAGAUUAAUGGGAUUUCUUCCAAAGAAGAUUUUAAGUUAUUCAAAUAAUGUUAUCUUUCUCUUUCCUGGUUGAACCUAGUCUGAUUUAUUCUUAUUUUAGUUCUGCAGUUGUUAUUAUAAAAAAUUAAAAAUAUAUCAAAGUUGGUUUUUAAAAUAAUAUUUUCUUAAGGUCAUCCUGCUUGCUUUAACAAUAUUACACUAGGAAUCAAAUUGGCACAUUGUGUGUAAAAUAGCAAUUAAUUUCUCUGUGUAGCUUUCUUUAAAGCCAACUCUAUUACAUUUGCCCAUAUUUUGGUCCAAGUCUUUGUGUGCAGUUCACCGUGAUAUGAGGAAGUAUAAUUUGUGUAUAACUGCAAGCACAUUUGAGGGACAGAACUGCAUGUCCUCAAAUCUUUAAUUUAAAUACAGAAAGAAGGUCAGAAAGAAAAGAAGUUUUACAGCAUUCUGGCAGUGCUCUGUGAAUGCCAUUAUUUGCAAUGCAAACUGAAACUUGGUGGACAUUAAAAAUGCUAUCACUGAAUUGUUUUUUACAAUUGUUCAUUUGACACUCACUGAAAGAAAAAUAAUGCUAACAUUUCUAAAAUCUAGAAAAUCUAUGCUAUGCUAAAUCUUUCUAUUGAAGGCACUUUAUAAGCCAAGAGGAUGUUAAAUUAGUUAGUAAGUAGAAAAGACACGAAAUGAUGCAACACAAGAUAUUUGCAGUCUAUAUCUAUAUAUUUGCAGUUUCUCCUCGGGCAGAGUUCUUCGUAUUCUGUGCAAAAUGUGUUACUGCAUUUUUCCUGUAGCAUUGGCAGACAUCAUGGAAUAUUUUGUGCUGUUUCUAAAGUGGAUAGGUAUGAGGGCUUGUAUCCAAAUUAUAAUUUUUAGUCAACUUGUGACAUUUCACAACAUUGAGUGAGAGGGGAUGGUGAGUUCCCCCCAUCCCCUGCCUGUGUAGUGCAGAACUGAGUAUCCCAUGCUGCAAAGAGAGUGCACCACUGGCUGUUCUGCAGCCUGGCACCUUUUGUAAAUGCCAGCUGGUUUUUGGCAGGGCUGCUGCUCAGACAUCACUUCCCAGCAUGUAGGAUUUUUCCUCUCCAGGAGCAGACCUUUUCACUUCUACUGAACCUUGUGAGGUGUUUCCUGGCCCAGUCCUCAGGUUGAGCAGUGUCCUUCUAGUUGCAGCUUUGCCAUCUGGUGUGCCAUCUCAUCCUCCUGAUUUGAUGUCAUCUGUGAACGAGUUAUCAUGUCCUUACGUCCUUGUCCAGGUCACUGGUGAGAUGUUAAGUGACAUGGCCACAGAAGUGACCACUGCAGGGUUGUCUUCAUUGCUGGCUGCCAGCAGCAGCCCUGAUCACUGACUGCCCUUCAAGUCUGGGAUUCAAGCAGUUUUCAGCCCAACUCACUGCAUUCAUCCAGGCAAUAUUUCCUUUUGGAAGGCAUGAAAAAUACUAUCCAACUCAGUAGAUUUAAUUGCCGUAUGCUUGGUAAGUGUUGAAAAUUAAUGUAAAUCAUUUGACACAUAAAUUUUUUAUGCAAUUAAAGAAGUUCUUUUGCUUCAAGGACAUAUGCUUUUCUCCUGUGUUUUCUCAAAACACUUAUUUCUGUAUAAAAAUAUACAAUACUUAUGCUUUAGUUUCACAAUAAUGAGCUGUACUUUCUAUUAAUAUUUUAAAAGUGUACCUUAAUUUCUUCUUUGUUCUGGUACUUUGGAUAUGAUAGGGUAAUAGUAGCUAUUUUCAUCGAAUGCAAUGUCUUACAAAGAUUUAAAUAGCUUCAUUCUUAUUUUAGAUUAGUAUUAUCAAGAUGGCAAAGUUUUGGCACAUCAGAAAUUUUAAUCUCACAGGAAAAGAUGAUUUGAGUUGAUUUUCAUGAAGUAUCACUGUGAAAGUCAUCUAGGCACCCAUUCUAAUUUUAGACAGGUGUGAGUUGCAUGAAAUAAACUUUUUUGUAUUUGGCUUUAAAAGUGCAGUUUCCACUAGAACAGUCUUUUCAUCAUACAAAUAAUGUUAUCUUUUUUUUAAUCCUUUUGAACUUCUGAACCUGAGUAAGCCUGUAUGGGACCUGUGGGUUUUUAUUUGAGCGGUAGCACAUGCCAGGCACAUGUCAAGUCCUGCAGUAUGGAAACAAACGACACAAACCUUAAGUCAAACCAGGAGCCAGCGCUGGUCCUGCCCCCAGGGCACCUGUGAGCCCCUUGCCUCUGGGCCAUGGCCUCUGUUCCCCAUAGAGGGAGUGGGAUUUUCUCACCUCCCACCAGUGGAGCCCAGCACAAUUGCAGUCUUAUACUGAGCUUCUCCUUGAAAAAUCAGAUUUUUUAGAAACGCCCUGGAGGGGAGGAGAGGUUCACUUGUAAUUUGCACAAUAGCCAAGAGGGCUGAAUAUAUCUGCUCUCUGUUUUGCAAAACUUGCUCUCAGGUAAAGGCCUAUUAGCAUAGGGAAGGUUUUGUGUGUUCUCCUUGUUUUACAGGAUUUUAGACAUUGUCUAGUGCAACAAUAAACAAUUUUACAUGUGUUGUAAUCUGAGGAAUGGGCAUUUUUAGAUGUCAUUAGUAGUAAUGCAGCUACAUAAUUAAAGCCAAGGAGAGGUUUUCAGUUUAAAUCCAUCUGAAAGUGUAUUUGUAUUCAUAUGCUAAAAUGUUAGGAGGUGUUAAGCUAGAGAGUUUUGCCCAUCUAGGGGAAUAAGAUUAAUACUGACAAAAGUGUAUUAGAAACACUGGAAUGGUCUCGCUGGUAACCUUGUGUUAUACACAGACCCAUGAGAAAGCUCAGGAAAUUUGCUAUGUCAUAACCACUUGGCAGCUACUGGGGCAGAAAAACACUUCUUUGUUUUUUCUUUCUGUCUGUCAUUAAGUAACUGUUAUCAAAACUGAGUAAAACCUAAAUUUACACUUCAGUGCAUAUACUGAUAUUAUCAAGGUAUAUUUAGUAUAAAAAGUAGUAUAAUUUUCUACUUCUCCAUUCCAGGUUACUUUUAUGGUAAUUUGGAUACCAGUCAGUAUUUUCAUGAAGAAAGGGUUUCCUUUUCCUUUUCCUUUUCCUUUUCCUUUUCCUUUUCCUUUUCCUUUUCCUUUUCCUUUUCCUUUUCCUUUUCCUUUUCCUUUUCCUUUUCCUUUUCCUUUUCCUUUUCCUUUUCCUUUUCCUUUUCCUUUUCCUUUUCCUUUUCCUUUUCCGAAUCUAGACUGUGUUAAUAGAGGUAUAAUUAUUCCUGGUGAGAGUACCUCCAUAGGCUCCAUUACAACAGUGACUGGCAUCCAGGAGAAUGCUGCAAAUCUGAGGUCAGAGAAAUUGCACAUUUACAGCAAUUUAUCUUCUUUUUAUACUAUAUAUUGUAAGGAAUCUACUUACAAAAGCAAAUUCAUUAUUUACUCUUAAACUAGGGUAUAUAAAACCUUUAUUCAUUUGCUUUAGUAGAAAUUAUAUAUUUCUUUCAUUAAACAGAAAAGUAUCUUUAUAAAGGGAUUUUUAUACAGUUUCUUGCAAGUUUAAAAAGUAAUAUUGAUGUACUUGUAUUUUAUAUAUCGGCCUCCUACUUUGUCAAACUUUGUGGCAUUAUAAACUCAUCAUCUCUAAUUUUUUAAUUUUUUUUUAACUUCCCUUGCAAUCUUUGUGAAACCUUAGAAAAGAAAGGUGGUAAAACUAGUCAUAAAGACUUAGUCAGUGUGAGAUGUAACAAAACAGGAUGUUUUCUAACUUGUACGAAUUAAAACUGUCAGCAGAGCUGUUGAAUUUAUUUUAGUCUGGUUAUCUUAAUACCAUUUUUCUUUCCACUGAUCCAUGACAACAUGAAAAAAAGGAAGAUUGGAGACAUUUUCUCAGAAUUAAUGCUGAAGGUGAAGGGAAGCUUUUUUUCCUUUCAUAAGUAAAAAAUGACUGUAGCCAGCAUUUGGCUGAAGAUGUCUUGGUAAAUUGGACAAGAGAGUUAAAUAGUCUGAAUAUAUAAUCAGCAGUGUUUAAUAUGUGCUUUCUGACCUGUAAAUAAUUCACUGAAGUAUGGUAAAGCUACUUAUUGGUACUCCUGGAGCAAUGAUUCAGAUGUCUCCUGUCAAACACUGAAGUGUGUUUCCUUACUGACUGCUACUUUCAGUGGUCUGCAGUGACAGAGGCUAUCUUGUGCUAGUGUAUACUGUUGCUGGGGCAGAACAUUAGGCAUGCGAAAUGGGAAGAGGUGAGGAAGUUCCUUUGGAAACUCAGAAGUGGGUAAAUUCUCUGAGAAUCAAAUUCCUUUGUUCUACAAGGGCAGAACACAGUGGCAAAUAUUCAACCAGAACUGUUCUUUACUGAGCUGCUUGCUUCUGGUGCCAGUCAUGUAGCUGCAUAUACAACAUCUUGUUCUGAAAUCGCAUCUCUUUUUAGAAUUGUGCUUGUGUCCCCAGGGCAUCUUUGUCAUGUCCACCAAGAAUAAUCAGUGGUUGAGUCAGGACUGCACACUCAGAUUUCUUGUCUAGUAGUCCUGUGCUGAAUGCUCUGUCUUUCUUUGUUAAAGUCACCUGAACAAGGAAUAUUAUAGUAAUAUUAACAUCGUGAAUACAAGGUUAAUCCUCAGUAUUUUCCAGGGAAAGAAAAAUUCAGGAUAGCUUCUUUAACUGUGUGGAAGAAAUAUAGAUUAUAUCUCCUAUUAUCCUUGUGUUUGCUUAAUAUUUUAUAAAAUAUUUUGAGAUUGGAUCACAAUAAAUAUAUUAAAAUUACUUUACCCCUAUCUUGAGGUUGACAUUGAAAAUUGUCAUUCCAAUUUGAGGUUAGUUUUAAAAAUAAGUGCUGUUGAGUUUUUAAAAUAAGUGCUAUUGUAUUUUAAAUAGUUGAGAUACAGUAUAACAAAUUCACAUCACAAUAAAUUUUCUUUUCUGCUGAGUCUCACAGAAGAUCUGACUGAGCAGAAAAAUAAAUGCUGAUGAGUAUAUUUUCCUAUGGAGGCAAAAAUUCAAACUUCUGCCUUAGUAAGCUUUAUCUCUAAUUAGCAAAGACACUGUUCUUGUUCUUUUUUAACAAUUUCUAGACUACUUACUUUCAAACAUUUUUCCCACACUAAGAAUUAGUCCCAUGAAGUUUGAAUUUUAAAAAGUAGACCAUGUUUGGAAUUCUGCAGACAUGAGGGGUGGUGUUCAUGUCAUACUAAAUGUCCACGUCUCAGGGUGGACCACUAAAAUUUUACCCUUGGGCCAAAAAUAUGUAUCAGUGGGUUUUUCCAGUGGGAUUCUUCUUUGUAUAUGCAUUUGUGUCUAUGUUAUUUACUGUAAAAUAAGUAAGAAAUCAGGCUGCCAGCAUCUGAUGUCUGAAAUAUUUUUCUUCCCCAGAGCUGCAUAGCAAACUACCUGCUCUUUAUCUGUUACUGCUAGAUAGUCUGAAGGAAUGCUUUUAUUUAGCACAUGAAGAGCCAUCAUAAAAUGAAACUACUGUGGUAUCAAGAAAGAUUAUUAUAAUAGUUCUGUACUACUAUGAUAAUUCUCUUAUAUAUAUUUUAUUUGUUGCAACCAGUAGCAAGACUUUUCUCUGGGUCUCUACUUUUCUUCUAUAAUUAACUGGUGAUUUAUAAUUUCUCAGUAUUUCAACAGCAAAGAAUUCUAUGUUUUCUCUCACUUUUGCACAAAGCUAAUAUAAAUUGGGAAUAAUGUCACUCUUUUUUGGGUAUGAGAUUAGAUCCCUUGUGCACAUGUGUAAAAUGUUGUAAAUACUAGUAUUUUUACCUUGCUCAGAUUCUGAGAAUGACAUUAGAAGGGUAGUGUUUAGAUUAGUUGUCAUUUUUAUACUGCCUUACUGAGCUUCUUUGCUUUUAGCAAACUUUCAGGUGGUAGAUUGCCCUGUGCCAAUUCUUUAGUGGGCCAAAAUGUCAGAACCUACAGCUAAAAGAGCAUUCUUUGCUGACUGCCCAUAUCUAUGUGCUUAUUCUGAAAAAAACUCAAGCAAAACAAACCUUAUCUGUUGAUUCCUUGUACACCUCUUUGGGUAGCUUACCUGUAAAAGGAGAUCUUCAGAGUCUUUCUACUCUGAUUAUGCUAUUAUGUCAGGUACAAAGGCAAGCAGGAACUUGUUUUGUGGUUUUUAAGAUCAAUUUAAAGGCAAAAGUUGCUUUUUAGAAGAUAACAUACAGAGCAAGUGCUACUUUUGAGUAGAGGGUAGAUAGUGUCUGUUUUUAAGGGAAAUUACAGACUGUAGUGAGGAAGGGUCUGAGUUCUUAGAAGCACCAGAUAAAUUUUUUCUGUUAUUUGAAAGAAAUAGAAGAAAUUUUCUUAAUGGAAAGAAAGACAGUGAGAAGCAUUUAUGUACCUAGCUACCCAAAUGUUGUUUUUUGAGUACUUCAGUAUUAAACCUCACAUGAAGCACUCCCAAUUUUAUACUCAAAAGUUUGCUGUGGACUUCCAUAACGAGAUGAUGAAGAAUUGGAUACUGGAAAAAAAAAAUCAGUAUCAUAAUUUCUGAAUAACUCUAAGUAAUAGAAAAUUAAUUUGCGGAUAUUUGUAGUGAAAAUUAUAUAAGCUACUUUCAGUAUCGCAAUUUUUAAAAGUGCAAUUUGGUCCUUUGUAGUACAUUCAGUAAUUUAAUUAAUUGUUAAUUGUUCUUGAUUGAUUUCCUGCAAAUGUAUUCAUCUGUUCUUGACUAUUCACAAAUUUGGGAUGUCUUCAUGAUGAUUCUUCUUUGCAUCUUAUUCAUUCUGAUUCCAAAUAUGAGCUGAUUAUACCUGUAAAAGCAAUUUUAUUGCUUAUGAUUCAUAAACAUCAGGAGCUGAAAAGCAAUACAGAAAGGAUGUCAUUUGUGUAUUCCAAAUCUAUAGACUUUUAUUUCACUGCAGGAGUUAAUCAGCAACACACAUCAGAUUUUUCUCUGCUCCAUCUGCUUGGACUCUGAUGUUGCACAGGUAUCAAUGUGUACUUAGCAUUAACAUUGCAAACAGCUCUCAUUUAAAUCAGUUUCAAAGAUGUAGAUGCUUAAGUUCAAAUAAAAACAUUUUAUAGAGACAUUCCUAAGAAAAAAAUAUACCAGCUUGCUUGGUUAGCCCAGGCUUUGUAGCACUUGAUUUCUAAUUCCUACAUGCUUAACCAAAUGAGCGCCUACGCAGAGGCUGAGCUGCUGUUGGUACUCUGUCCCCCUUGAACCCAGUGAGCUUCCAGUGAGUGGAUGAUCUAGCUGCCCAAAUCUAUUUCAGCUGUAGGCCUAAUGUGCAGUCAAGGCUAGGUAUUUAACUAGUUGCCCUUAAGCUUAAUUUUGAACAUGUGCACCGUGUUGUGGAAGAUAAAAUGUGUGAAAUACAGUUGGUUUGACUGCUUGCUGCUCUGAGCAAUAUAUUUGACUUUUCUUUGACUCUGUUGCAUUUUGGAGCCUUAUUCUGGAGCUUGUAGUUUUUAAAAACAAGUUAACUUCAUGUCUGUGCAAAGCUCAAUUAGGUAUGACAUUUGGAAUAAAGAACAGUACAUUCAAACAAUAACAAUUCAUUGUAUUAUGUCUCAUUCUGGCAAGCUUAAUUGUAAGAAUAUUUGCAAUCCCUGUUCCUGUUUCCCUAUACUGUCCCCAGGAUGGUGCCAGCCCCAAGCUGAGGGUUGCUAGUACUGUAUACCAGUCAAAAAAAGGAGUUUAAUCUCUCUGAUUUGUGAAGCAGGGGGUGGCAGACUAAGAGCACGCUUUUAAUCUCAGCCCAGAAAAGGAUGAAUGUGAGAAAGUGCCUCUCUCCGUCUAGGCUUUAGUACAUACAUAGAAUUACUUUCUUUUGGUAUUUUGAGUUCUGACUCUGGCUACUUCUAAGAUUAAACCUAGCCAGAAAAGAGCAGUAAUAAAACAGUUUUAGGUUUCCAUGUAAUGCAGCUGCAACACAUACUCUGUGUCUUUGCACUCGUAAGUUGGUUUUGAACAUACUAUUGUAGUGAUCCAGGAGCAGAUGAGGCCUCACACUGACUACCUCUCAUGCAAUAAAACCCAGGCUCAUUCAGUACUUAAUACUGAUUGCAGUUGAGCAUCCCUCGGCCACGUGAUUCAGGGAGGUGGUAGUGGGGGGAAGAAUAAACAAGAAAUAAUAACAAAGACUUUAUUCCAGUGAUAUGUGUGGUAUACGUGAUACCCAUAAUACAUACUCAAACUGAAGGAGGUCCUACAGCUUCUGGUAGGAAAUAAAAAGUGAAUUUGGCUAUGCUAUAGUUUUUGUUGUGCUCUAAAAUGUAACAAAAGAGGUCAUCUGUUUCCUUCAGGCUAAGUCAGAUUUUCCAGGAUAUUGUGUCCAAAACAUACACACAAUUCUAAUUUUUGAGGAAACAUGAUGCUCCUUUACCUGUUGCAAUGUAAUUGGAUAAUGCAUGUACAAAUGACUUGUGUAGCCUGCCAAUGAAUGUUGCUAAUGCCUUACCAAAAAGAAAAAAAAAAAAAGAUAAAGCAUAUUUUUUGUAUUUUUUUUUCCUCAGAGGCAAAUCCAAACAAUGCUAGAUUUGGGAAACUGUUUACUGAAAAGCAUUUUCUAAUAGAUCUCUGAAGAAGUGCAAUUGUAUAAUUACUAUUGUUCAGUGCAUACAGUACAUUGUCUCCAUCACUCUGUACACUGCUGCUAUAAGUGCUUGUUCUAAUAAAUCUCAAUGUACACUGUUUAAA